UUUACCGAGAGCAGACCGCCUCCAAUCACUCAUUCUUUCCCGGCUGCCGAUGCUUCAAUAGGCGACAGAGGAGGAACAACUCGCCGGGCACUGGAAGUGUAAAAAGCAACAGUUUUCUUUUAGACAAAAAAAAACAACAAAAAACUCCUCGAAAACCUGAACUAUUACAUCCAAGUUGGGGUUUCGGUUUGACUUGGUGAAUACGUCGUCAUCCAGGGGUGGAGCCGCGGUGCCCUGCUGCUGCUGGUGGUGUUGGUGGUGGUGGUGCGUCUCCGGCGGUGUGACAAGAGGUGAAGGAUCAGCCUGCAGGGAGGCCGAGCAGUCAGGAGGAUGCUGGAGGGCAAUGCCUGCAGAAAGAGAGGAUGAGAUUUGUCGAAAGGCGCUGGAGUUGCUCUCCGACCUGUGCUCCAAGGGAGAGGUGCAGGACGACAGUUGCAUAGAUUUCAUCUACUACUUCAGGGACCUGGCCAGACCUCGCUUCACGGACUCUGAUGUAUCUGUGAGCCUGUUGUCCCUGCUGGUGACCACCUGCGGUCUGGCUCUAUUCAGCGUCUCCCUAUUUGUAUCAUGGAAAAUUUGCUGGCUACCCCUGAGUGGCCGUUUUCUCCCAGAUGUCCUCAAGGGGGCACAUUUUCUGGGAGGGGACCAACAGCCUGUCCUAACAGAGGUGGACGGGGAUGACCGUGAGUACAGUGAAGAUGGCUGCACGAAAGAACCCGCAGGCCCCUCGUUGGCUAUGGCUGUCCCGGAGUCGGCUCUAAAAAUCAGCCACACAUCACCUGACAUCCCUCUGGAGACUCAGGCCAAUGUGGACCAUAUCCAAGCACACACUAUAGCUAGAGACAGAGUGCAGAGACAAAUUACUGAACCCACAUCAUCAGUACGCCACAACUCUAUCCGCCGUCAGAUGAACCUGUCCAAUCCAGACUUCAACCCUGCUCAGUUCCAGCGCCAGGAGAGUCUGACCGGCCUAGGUCGGCUCAAACCUGAGCUUUACAAACAACGCUCUGUAGAUCCAGAUGACGGACGUAGACCAGACAGCUGUGGAUGUCUCCAUUUCAUUCUUAAGUUUGACUUUGAUCUGGAGCAGCUGAUAGUGAAGAUUCACAAGGCUCAAGAUCUACCUGCCAAGGACUUCUCAGGGACUUCUGAUCCUUACGUCAAGAUCUAUUUGCUUCCUGACCGUAAAACCAAGCACCAGACUAAGGUGCACCGCAAGACUCUCAACCCAAUAUUUGAUGAGGUGUUUCUAUUUCCAGUGGCCUACACCGAGUUGUCGAGCCGUAAGCUGCACUUCAGCGUCUAUGACUUUGAUAGGUUCACUCGACAUGAUUUGAUUGGUCAAGUGGUGGUGGACAACUUCCUGGAUCUCGCAGACUUCCCUCGAGAGACCAAAUUGUGCCGGGACAUACAGUAUGUCACAUCGGACAACGUGGAUCUGGGAGAGCUGAUGUUCUCGUUGUGCUAUCUCCCGACGGCUGGCAGGCUCACCAUCACGAUGAUCAAAGCCAGGAAUCUCAAAGCCAUGGAUAUCACUGGAGCUUCGGAUCCAUACGUGAAGGUGUCACUGAUGUGUGAGGGCCGCAGGCUGAAGAAGAGGAAGACAUCAACCAAGCGCAACACUCUCAACCCAGUUUACAAUGAAGCCAUUGUGUUUGAUGUUCCACCAGAAAACAUAGACCAAAUCAGUUUACUAAUAGCAGUCAUGGAUUAUGAUCGGGUUGGACAUAAUGAAGUCAUCGGGGUGUGCAGGGUGGGCAAUGAGGCUGACACCCUGGGAAGAGACCACUGGAGUGAGAUGUUGACGUAUCCACGCAAGCCUGUUGCACACUGGCACCCGUUAAUCGAGUGGGUAGGACAGGGAACAGCAGGGAGUGGAAGUCAAGGAGGAUCCACCAAUUCCUUAAAGGCGCCACCCUCACCAUGAUCACGAACACCCACACACACACACACACACACACACAUUUGUGUAUUCGUUACCUUCUUGAGACCUCCGAAGAAUGCCUACCUUUUGAGGACGACCCUUUCUAGAUAUAUGAAGAUUUGUUUUUUACAACAAUAAUAAUAUAUGAAGAGUUCAUACGCAAAAACCGAUAAACGCCAUUUUGAUAAAGUUUAGCCCAGCCUCGGUAAUAUAUAGUCCGCCACUUCUAUUGUGGUAUACCAAAAUUAAUUUGUUUGCAAAUGCAGACAAAUGCCGCUUUUAACGUCAUUUAGUUCAGCGAUUUAUUGCAAAGGCCGAUAAGCGCCAUGGAUCAUCUACCACAAAAGCCGAUAUAUCCCUUUGCCCAACCAGCGCUGCAGUACGGGAUCACGUGACAAACAAAAUGGGGUCGCGCACGGAGUCACUCAGUGUUGUUAUCCACGCAUGAAUAAUUUGGAAGCUUCUCCUGUGAACACUGUUAAGCCAGCGAAAAAAACUGACCUGUUGAAGUUACUAUUUGAUGUUGGCGCUAGCACGCGUGUCCGUGAGUUUUACACCGCUGCGUUAAACGAUGUUGUCGAGCAUGGAGCUAAUGUCGAUAGCGAUGAUAAGUGAGCUGUUAUCUGCACAGGAGUGUUUUUGAUAGGCAAACCAGGUUGAGCAUUUGUGGUUGUUUUAUUAAUAAAACAUUGUCUUCAUUGCAACACUGUUUUUUUGUUUUUUCAUUUUGUGCUGAAAAGCACGAGGUAAAUAUGUGAGGUCACAGUUCCAAAAAAGCAUGUCCGGUUAGCAAGUACGAAAAAACAAUGUUCGCAGGGACAGCUAGAUUUAUUAUACGUACCGAGGGAUCGAAACUGUUAAAUAAUGAAGUAAAGAAAUGUGAACAGUUGUUACCUUGAAAUGUGGCUUUCGAUAAAUUUCACGUUCUGUUUUUCUCUCUAUCUUUAUAUUGAAUAUUAUGCGAAAUAACGACCGCAAAGAAAACGAUUUUGGAGAUAUCUGUUUUUGCGACAUAUCAUAAUUUGGAUAUAUCUGCUUUUGACGUAAAACCACAUCAAACACUCUUAUUUGAAAGCCAUUCAUUACAUCAGCAUUUCUUAAAAGUUUAGGCUUUCAUGACUUGCUUAUGUUGAUAUUAAAUAAACCAUUGUACGCUUGUACAUGUACCGGAAACACCAGCAGGCAGAAAAUCGUUAAUAUACAGAAUCGAUCAAAAUGGAUUUAUCUGCUUUUGCAUAUGAACUCUUCAUAUACAUACUAUGCAAAUAUAAAAUGUAAGCUUUUAGUAUUUUAUUUUAUCAUUAUUUUUUUUGGAAUAGUUUUUUAAUCUUUAUUAUUCAAGUUAGUACUGUAAGUCUCUUUACACAUACACACACACACACACAUAUAUAUAUAUAUAUAUAUAUAUAUAUAUGUAUAUCUAAUUAUUGUUAUUAUUAUAUUAUUUAUAUUUUUUUAUUAAUUUUGGGCCUAAGGGGGUGCAUUUCAAUUUCUUACACACACUUGUAAUUACAUAUGUUGGCCAGAGAGGGAGCACUUCAAAAUUUUACACACACUUGUUAUGUCCUAUGUUGACCAGAGGGGGAACACUUUUAAAAGCGACACACAUUCAAUUAAAAAAAUCCCUCCUUUUUGGGACCGUCCUCAUUUUGAUGGAUUUCACGACCAAGGGUUCAAAUGAGAUUUUGUUUAUUGUAAUGUGCUUAAGGCCGAUGACAAACGAGUCACGGACCACAGGUGCCCCCUGUGCCGCACUUUAGAUUAGAUUAGAUGGAUUAGACAGUACUUUAUUUAUUCCGUCAGGAGAGUUCCUUCCGGAAAAAUUAAAAUUUUCAGCACAAUCCCAUUCAAAAUCAGACAAAUAUUACAGGGAGACGGAACCGGAUCGCUGAUGGGUCUGCCUGCUUCCAGCGCCCCUUACAAAAAAGAUGAGAUACAGGUAAACAAGGGGGGGGGGGAUGGGAGAAAUAAAAUAGAAGAUUAAAAUAAGAUUAAAAAAAAAAUUAAAAAAAGGCAACCCAGCUGUAGAAGCUAACUGUUAAUGGCCACUAUAGUCUUAGUACCGUAGUGUAUUUGUUCAUCCUAUGGUCAUUUAAGGGACGCGGUUUGUUUACGUCAGCACCGGAAGUCGUAAAAUGAACUGUUCACCUGGCGGGUUUUUUCAGGGAUGAAAAGGGAAGUCCUUCUUUAGCUGCUGUCUUGUUUUAUCAUAUAUUGCUGCCUUUGCAACUGUCAAUGUUUAAUUUUGUAUACACAUUAACUCAACAAAAAAUCCUGACUUUGGAGCAAUGUUCAUAGACUUUCGUAUUUGGUUGUCUAUCAGAUGCAAUGGUUUUCCAUCUUGGGUCCAUGAUUUCGGUCCUCAUAUGAAAGGUACUUUUCCUUGUUGAUGUCUUAAGAAGGGCAGAAAUACAAGAACACACACACAUAUACAUAAACAUAAACACACAUACAAACUAAGCUUCAUGGUGGUUAAAUACUGAAAAAAUGGACCUGCUAAAAAGGCUUAAUUUUACAUCUUACUUCAUGACCAAAAAACUUACAUUCCAACUGAACUGCUGCAGUAUAUUGUUAUCUAGCUGUUACUAACAGUAUUAACAAUUUAAAAAUAGGUCGAACAUGCUUUUGUGGAAACCGUAGCUUUCGAUAUUUGUAAGUGAUGAGCUAUUACAAAAAAUGUUUUUCUCUCCAGUUACUUUAGAGGUUUAUAGAAAAAAUAUUAGUUUUAAUUUGUGAGCGAUUUUCUCAUAUGCUUCUUGUAAAGAUAUAGAUCAGGGGUCGGGAACUUUUUUGGCUGCGAGAGCCAAAAAGCCAAAUAUUUUAAAAUGUAUUUCCGUAAGAGCCAUAGAAUAUUUUUUUUAACACUGAACACAAUAAACGUGUGCAUUUUUAAGUAAGACCAACAUUUCUAGAGUAUAAUAGGUCUCCUAUUCUUAGUAAUAACAUUGUUAUUCGGAAGCUAAAAGUGGAGGGGGCGUAGCCUGCGGGCCUGCAGCGAAGCAGGAUGUACCAGGACCGGCCUCGAAAUCGGCGACAGGUGUGUAGAUGGCCCGUCUGGGCCUUCUUUUCUAAUCACCUGUCGCUAUGUCAUAAGAAGCAGCCAGGAGGAUAGACGGGGUUGGGGCUGGAGCCAGAGUGCGAGCGAGAACGAAAGACAAAAAGACAAUUGCUGGAAAGCAACUGAGAGACUUAUUGAAAAUAAAACAAUAUUGUAACCCUGAAACAGGCUCUCAUGUCGGUGCUUGGUAGUCUGAAGAACCCCCAGGAGAGCAAGCCCCUAACUAACCAAUAAUAAAUAAACAACUUCUUACCAUUAACGCAACUUCUUGAACUGGUGCGGUAGUAAAACGGAUGGAUGAAUUAAAAAUGCAUGAGAAUGUUUUAUAUUUUGAACAUUAUUUUUAACACUGAUUACAAAUGGAAUUAUUCAUUACUUAUCGCGUCAAGCAGUGUCAGCUCAGAUUUACCUGAGAGCCGGAUGCAGUCACCAAAUGAGCCACAUCUGGCUCUCGAGCCAUAGGUUCCCUACCCCUGAUAUAGAUGAUAUAUUCAUGUAUUUGCUUCGAGUGUGUGUAGAGAGACUAACACAAAAUAUAUGACUUUGUUUUUAAUCGCAUGGUUAAGUAAAACUGUUCACGGGGUGUGGUCCAAAUAUAGAAAAGUAAAAACAUAGUAAAAGUGUUGAUAAUGACAGUAAACCUGGUGUGUUUUUCAUAGAAUUGAUCCUUGUUACAAUCAGACAGUGUGGUUACUUUCUUUAUGUGUUUUAUUUUGCUUGGGGGCAAAUUAAUUUGAACAGUUCUAAUUAAGGAAGAUGCCCCAUAAAAGCAAAAUUAAACUAGGUCUAUAAAUUAGCUAAUGAAACUACAAGAUAGCACCGAUUAACCAUUUACCAAUGUGCUGUUUUACCUAUUUAUACUACAGAUGCAUUUCUGAAAAGGUAAUAUGUCUGCCUGUCUGCUCUUCUUUUAUUAAUCAAUGAUCUAUGUAUUGUGAGGGAUUGAACAAUGGAAAUUAAUGUUUUUCAGUCAACUCAUUCUCUUCCUCUCUCACAAUAGUGUCCCCACAUUCACAUGUAUGUUGCAUUGUUGUUUUGCAUAAAAUGAAUUGUUUUGUGUUGUUGUUUUAAUAGAGUAUACAAACUAGUUUAGUUAGUAAAAACACAAUUGUUAAAAAUCUUAUUUCUUAUAACUGUUUUCCUUAAUCCUAACGGUUACAAUACGUUGGUAUUCCAAAAAGCACAUCAAUUGGAGAUAAAUACAUCUAACAGUUAUUUACAUUCUGAAAAAGCGAAUGUAUCACUAAUGAUGCUGUUUUAUUCUUUAAAUUGGGAUUGUGUUGUAUUUUUAAACCUGUUUUAAGUCAGUGUUUAGUUUUGAGGUAUGUUUUUUUUCUAUCUUGAACACCAUCACAAAAAACCUUCGACAAACUGUAUUUGUAGAUCAAAUGCAUGCAUUAUACUUUCCUUUAAAUCUGUUUUUUUAGCUCAUAUUGUAACACAAGCUGUAUAAGGCGACUUAAUAAAUCUUUCUACAUGGAUGGAUUGGUUUAUUGCAGUGACUUGCAGUCAUUAAAAAUAAAAAAAAUGCAAAA